AUGGCAGAUCCACUGCGCCCUGACCGCCCCGCGACCUCGGCUGCUAUCAGCUCCAACGGCCGAGAGUUCACCGACGACAAUGCAACGGACCUGUCUCCUAUAACCCACCACGAGGAUUUCUUUCGCGAGUGGCUUGAGAGUAUCGAGAACGACAGUACUCUCUUCGAAGUCCACGAGUCAUUAGAAAGUCAGGAGGGGCGCCAAGAGGAACAUUCAGACUCUCUCCCCCAAGUUGACCAGCAGGAGAGCAACGAGGAAUAUCUUGAUUCCCGUUUCGACCUUGAAGACUCGGUGAGCAGCCAAGUCUCUCUACACAGCCACAAGGAUAGCGACGAGGAGUAUUUUGACUCCUACGCCAGUUUUGACUGGCUAUUUAGCCACGACAACAGCGAAGACCAGUACUUCGAUUCGCUUUCCCAAUUCGACGAGUCGUCCGACGGUGAAAAAGAGGAACUGAAGGGUCCUACCGAUCCUCCUUACGCAUUCGCCGAGAAGAUGGACGGCCAGUCGAUUUUCAAGAAUCUGCACAGUAAGUCCAACCAGCAGGGAAAACAAGCCUCUAACCGGCUUCGCGAGCCGAAUCAACUAACAAAGGCCCUCGAAGCGCGCAUCAACACCGACAUCUCGCAGCUGCUGCAGCGGUUCGAAAACAUCAUGGCUACGGCUACGGCCGAGAACAACACCCUCACUGCCACCGCUGUGGAGUCCUACCAGGUGGAUGUUGAGUCCACUGCCCUCAUCCGUGCCGCAGAGGACCUCCUCUCGGUGACCCGCACCAUGAAGGAGAUGUGGUUGUUCGGCAAGCUCGACACGAUCGGUGAAGAUGAGCGGGACGUUGAACGCCGCGAGAAGCUUGAGGCCGAUGUCGAUGCCGUCAAGAAGGCAGUUGAGGAUGGCAGCCUGGAGAAGCUGGCCCCUGCCGACCUGAAUAAGUAG